AUGGAAUGUGUGCGGUUUAGCUACCCCACCCGUCCUUCCCAAUUGACUCUAGAUGAUGUCAGUCUGGAUGUUCCUGCUGGUGCCUUCGUCGCUCUUGUUGGAGCUACAGGGAGCGGUAAAAGCUCUGUGAUUAACCUGCUGGAGCGUUUUUAUCCUCCAAAUUCUGGCAGGAUCACGCUGGGAGAUAAUCAUAUCGAGGCCUAUGACUUGGAUAGCUACUAUAGGUACCUGGAACUUGUGAAUCAGAAUCCCUGCCUCAUUGGAGAGGAUUUACGAGAGUGUUUGCAGAGCGAUGAUUGUGUAGUGUCAGAUGCUGAGAUUCUAGAGGCGUUGGGGAGUGUUGGCCUGGAUGACUUUGUGGUAUCCCUUCCACAUAGUCUGGGCACCCCCAUCUCGGGCAAUGGCUCAACACUGUCUGGUGGUCAACGACAACGCAUGGCCAUCGCAAAGGCUCUUCUUCGUGAUCGUCUUAACGUUCCAUACAAUCUACUCGAUGAGGCUACCCCUGCCCUAGACACUGCCUCGGAGAAAUUGGACCAGGGUGCACUACAAACCGCGAUGAAAGGACGAACGACCAUCGCCAUUGCCCACCGGUUGAACACCAUUGUCAACGCUGACAUGAUUCACCUUUUCGAUCACGGGUGUAUUAUAGAGAGGGGAACACAUGGCGGGCUGAUGGAGAAACGGGGCAAGUACUGGACGAUGGCGAUGCUACAGCAUCUUUGAUAGUGUAUUGAUUCUCGUGUAUAUUUUAUUUGAUGUAAGUAUAUACGGCAAAUAUGUAUAUUUCCAC